AUGACAUCCAACGCUCGACUUGCCCAGCUUUCACACACCAUCCUGGAAAAGACCAAGAUCGUAACGGACCAUUUAGCCUCCCACAAUCUCACAGCACCAUCGUGGGACGUUGACGGCGCAGUCGACUUUCCCAUCCCAGAGUCCGCCGGCGAGGCAUACACGGCAAGGGUAGACCUAAUCGCAGCCACCAAAGAGCUCCACGACCUCACCCUCGGUCCCAAGCAGGGACUUUCAUGGCUGUCAUGGGAUUUCAUAAACAACCUCUCCCUCCAAGCGAUCUGGGAAUUCCGCGUCCCCGAAUUUGUCCCCCUCACCGGCUCCAUCUCCUUCGAAGACCUAACCGCCAAAGUCGUCGCCGCCAACGACUUCAAAAUCGGCGUCAUGAACCUCCGGCGCUUGAUCCGCCACGCGAUGCUGAACCACAUCUUUAUCGAGCCGAGAAAAGGUUUCGUCGCUCACACGAGCGUGUCGAGGAUGUUGCUGGAGGAUGAACCGAUGGCUAACUGGGUUGGGUACAUGUGUCGUGAUCUGUGGAAGCCAGCUGCUCACGUUGUUGACGCGAUGAAGAAGUGGCCUGGGAGCGAGGAGCCGACGGAGACGGCGGUGAAUCACGCGUUUGAGCAGAGCUUGCCGUGGUACGAUUACUUGCAGUCGGUGCCGGAGAAGGCGAGGAGGUAUAACCUUGCGAUGAAGCUGCAUAGUGGAAAUGAGGGGUUUUCGGUGGGGCAUACGGUGAGGGGGUAUGCUUGGGGGAAGUUGGGGGAGGCUACGGUUGUGGAUAUGGGCGGGAACCAAGGGUUCGUCUCUUUCGCCAUAGCGGAGGCCUUUCCCAAGCUGAAAUUUGUGGUGCAAGACACGGAGGGCAUGAGAAAGCCAGAGGCUAUGGGACCGAUGCCAGCUCACCUUGAAGAAAGGGUCACACGGACUGUACAUGACUUUUUCGAGCCGCAGACGGUUGUGGCUGAUGUCUACUUCUUCCGAUGGAUAUUCCACGGUUUCUCGGACAAGUACAACAUCAAGAUACUUCGGGCGCUGCGACCGGCGCUGCGCAAAGGAGCAAAGGUGGUCAUCAACGACGGCACACUGCCAGAGCCACUGACGGCAAGCUACCUACAGGAACGCAACAUCCGCACCAUGGACGCCUUCAACCAGGUAACAGUGAACGCAAGGGAGAGGGAAAUUGAUGACUGGAGCGAGCUGUUCAGACUGGCUGAUGAGCGGUACAAGUUCACGGGGGCGUGGAAGCCAGAAAACAGCCACAUGUGGUUUAUUGAGGCGGAAUGGACCGGAUAA